UCAAUCCCCAUCACUCACACAAUCUCUUCACCAGAAAACAAAACAAAACCUCUGUUCAUCUUUCUGUAAAAACUCUCAAAAAUGGCACCAAAGGCAGAUAAAAAGCCCGCUGAGAAAAAACCAGUAGAGGAAAAGAAGGCAGCUGAGAAAGCUCCGGCAGAGAAGAAGCCAAAAGCCGGCAAGAAGCUUCCAAAGGACGCUGGAGCAGCCGACAAGAAGAAGAAGAGGUCAAAGAAGAGCGUUGAGACCUACAAGAUCUACAUCUUCAAAGUGCUUAAGCAAGUUCAUCCUGAUAUUGGUAUUUCCAGCAAGGCUAUGGGGAUCAUGAAUAGUUUCAUUAAUGAUAUUUUUGAGAAGCUUGCUCAGGAAUCUUCUAGAUUGGCUAGGUAUAACAAGAAGCCGACGAUUACUAGUAGGGAAAUUCAGACUGCUGUUAGACUUGUCUUGCCUGGGGAGUUGGCCAAGCAUGCUGUUUCUGAAGGGACUAAGGCUGUUACUAAGUUUACUAGCGGUUAGGUUUUAAUUUGGGGGUAUUUUGGGUUUUAGGUCAAUGUAAAGGUUGUUGGUUUUUGAUUAAUGAAAGCUUUUCUCUGUUGAAAUUCCUUGUGUUGGAUCUGUUUUUGUUUUGUUAUAUUCUAUCGGUAUUUGUUCUGUGUUUCUUCA